AUGGACGCAGGAGGAGCUAACACUUUUGUAGUUGAACCAAAGGAUGAGGAAAAGUAAAAAUAAAAGGAUUUUAUUAGAUUUUAUCCCUCUAAAGUGAGGAAACUUAUUUAAGAAAUUAUGGAGGACAAAUUAAAAAACGAAACUUAUGAUGCAAAUAAUACCCCUAUUCUUGGAGAGGAACUUGUAAAAAGAAUAAGAAGCAAGGUUAGAGAUUCCAUAAAAAUGCCUAGAUUUAAAAUUGCAGUUUAAGUAGUUAUAGGAGAAGUUAAAGGAUAAGGUUGUAAAGUAACAUCAAAGAACCUAUGGGAUCCUACUUGGGAUAAUUAUGCAUCAUAUGCCUUCUAAAAUGAAACUAUCUAUGGGGUUGGGAUUGUUUUUGGUGUCUAUUAUGAAUGA